AUGUCGAACCGUUCCGAUGAUUCGCUGGAUUCACUUUUUAAUUACGAACCGAGCAGUGCAGACGCCGAGGCGAGGGGUGUAUCAGGAUCCUCCGAGGCGUCUGUCUCGCCGAGCCCUUCCCAUCGUUCGUCUGAAAGCAACGAGGCGUCGAAUCGUUCGAAUCCGUUAGGCGCUCGCUCUCUAGAUGACGAGCCGUCCAUUUCGACGAGCCGCCCUCAGGGUCCUGCUCUAGACGAAGAUGUUAAUCAUGCCGCAGUGAAACCCGAGGAGGAAGCUUUUCCCUUUGAUCUGCUCGAGGCGAAGCGUGAACUAGAACGUCUCAUGGCGUCCCGAGGCGCUUCUUCAUCUGGGCGAGGGAAAAGAGUGAAAAGACAAAAACCUGACCCGCCCAACUCUACGCUCUCCUCCCCUGACUCACUUGAGGCGUUGAGAUGUCGCUUUGGGAUAUCCGAGGCGGUAGAAUUUGUCCUUCCAGAUAAGAAUGACCGAGCCGACAAUCCUCCUGAGAAUCACUUUACUCUGUACGAGGCGUUCUUUGAGCUUUGUUUUCUCUGGAUCCCGAUCCCCGGAGUUAUCCUUGAGUACCUCUGGAAACAUGGGAUCUCAAUCGGACAGAUCAUACCGAGGGCUGCGGCACAUGAUCGGAAAGCUCCGAAGGGAGAUAGAUUUUAUAUUUCCAACAAGUUCAACCGCCGGAUUAUAGGUGGCUUUCCAAGCAAGGAUCAGUUUUGGACCGAGCGCUUUUUCUAUGUCUUGGUGAACGAGGCGUCAAUUGGCGAGGACUACGUUCAUAAAACCAAAACCGCUUGGGGACCACUUGUUCGGAGCAUUCUUCCCCCGAUUCCCGACGACCUCUUUGUUGUUCAAGAUUCUCUUGCGGCUCGAAAAGUUAAUUGGAAUAAGCAUUUUUCAUUCUACAGAGUGGAAAGAGCACGAGCCAUUCUUGCCAGAGUUCCUGUUAGCUCUUCUUCCUCAAAUUCUUCGCUAGACACAAGGGAAAAAAUGGUGAUCAUUACCCUUAGAGACAAGAAAAAGUGUGAAGAGGAGGAAGCUGCGAGACGAGCUGCCGAGGCGGCUCAGACAGAGGCCGAGGCUAUCCCUCAGACCGAUCCACCGAGCCGUGAAGGUGAAGGCACGACCCGAGCCGCGGAGGCAAACGUUGCCGAGGCGACCGAGAAAGAAGCAGCGCCCGAGGUGGAACCGGGCAAAAUUAUUCCCGAGGCGUCCAGAGAUGACUCUGCGGCGUGGAGUAAAACUCCUUCAAACUCGGCUAUCCUGGCUCUUCCGAAGUCAUCGAGGCCCCCGACUUUGGUUGUACAGAAGCAAGACUCUGGCCAAAAACGUUCGGCCGCUGACAAGGGGAAGGGCGCGGCAAUCCAAAAGGACGAGCCGACCAAGAAGAGGCGCAAGCAGACUCCUGGCGAUCCCGCUGCACGCAAGCUGGUCGUCGACAACCCUGACGCCUCGGCAGUAAUGUUCGCGCGUGUUAAUAAUGCGAACACGCGUCUCCCUCCUCCUGAGAAGCUGAGGAGACCGAGCUCGUACGGCGCGAUGGCGCAGCGCGGUACCAAGUUUGUAGCGGCCAUCAACGAGCUGAUGGCUGAAUACGAGAUGGACAUGUCUAAGGUUGAACGCCGCUUGGACGAGGCUCGGAACGAGACCGCGGCGGCGAAGGGGAAGCUGGACGAGGCGAUGACCAGGGUGUCGAGGCUGGAAGAGGAGAAGAUAGUUCUCCGUGCCAAUGUUGACAAAGUCUCUGCCUCGGUCAUUCGCCUCGAGGAGGCUAGGAGAGCCAAAAGCGCCGAGGUGGCAUUGCUCAAAAGGCGUAUCGCGGCCAAAGAUGCCUUGUUUAACGCCAAGGUCAAGCGUGCGAAGAAGGAAGCGAGGCGAGAGCUGACGGCUAAGUUUCAGGAGCGCCUCGCCAAGGUAGAGGAAGGCUUGGCCAAGUUCGAGAAUGCCAAAAACGACAAGAACGAGCUGGGGCAAAUCAAGGGCAACCUUGCGAUGAUUGCCGUCCUGAAAAAAUCGGACGCCCCAAUGCUCGAUGAUGAGGAGGCGCAGCUAAAGUGCUGGGAGAGAGCGAGUACGCCGAAGACGAUUUUGGUAAUGAGCGUAUGA